CUAAACCGACACGAAGGGAUCAGGGCUAAUUGUUUUAGUUUAACAUGUAGACUAACUAGUUUCUCAUUAUUACUAUAUAUAAUAAACUACGAGACUAUAAAUGUGUACAUAUGAAAUACCUGCCAGCUGAAUUGUUUUAUUUAAGUGUGUGUGUCCCUUUAGUUUAGCAGUAAAGUAGUGAGUGUGACUGGGUUCAGGACAGAGCCGGGGGUUGGGGGGUGGAGGAGGGUUGGGAGGUGAAACAGGACAGUUGUAGCUCACACACACACACACACACACACACACACACACACACAGCAUAUCUAGUGUGUGAACAUGGCUGAUAUCUCUGAGAGGACACUGCAGGUCGCCAUUAUAAUGUCCUUUGCUGCUGGCUUCAUGGCCGGCUGGCAGGCGAACCGAGCGCGCCGGAAGUUCCUGGACUGGAGGAAGAAGCGUCUGCAGGACAAACUGACGGAGACGCAAAAGAAGCUGGACCUUUCCUGAGGACACCCAGGACAGAGACAG